AUAAAUAUAAAAUUUCACUCAGAAACAAGGAAUGAAUAAAAGCAGUGGUAACCAAAGUAGUAAGCCCCUUAAAAGAUCCUGGAGGCUUGAAAGCUCAAGUAUUCAUAGUCCUUCUUGUCUAUGUUAUGUCUUUAAUCUAAUAGACGGGAGCUCGUUUAAUUUCUGUAAAAUCAGUCAGAUUUUAAACAAAAGUAUAGAUCAAGAGAAGGACUUGAAGGAUUAUGGAGUAGAAUCUUCAAGUCAAGAUCAGCAACAUUCUGCAAGCCAGGAGCCUCAAGUUGAUAUGAGCAAUGACUCAUACCUUCAAGACUCAAAUGAUGAGCAAAAACAUCAGAGUGAAAAUCCAAUCGAGUCAGGGUCAAGUGUAAAAAACACUUUGAUGCCAAUAUUUGACAAACAAGAUAUUGUCAGCUGUCAUGACGCUUUUCUGGGGAAUAAAUUCAGUGAUAGUGAGCUAAAGCAGGAAAUUAAAAAGCUUAAAUCACAAAUCAAGAUAAUCAUUGAUGAGAUUUAUGAAAUGGUGGACAAAGAAUUGGCUAUAGAGGAGCAAAGCAAGAAGCCUCUUUCAGAAGAUAAUGAGCUUGUUUGAGAAAGAGAAGAACUUGUUAGAUUUCUAAGACAGAUAGAAACUACUCUUAGAGCCCACACCAAACAUUUUAAACGCAGACAAAAAUUGAGAUCGGGCAGAGAAGAGCAAGGGAAAGAGAAAGAGCAUUCAGAGUUCUGUGUUGAAAAAGACGAUGUAGAAUCACUUAAAGAAGAGAUCGCCAAGCUGAGAGAAGACCAACAGAGCACGAAAGAGCAACUGCAGAGAACUCAAGAAGCCCUUUAGCAAACUCAAGAAGCCCUUCAGCAAACCCAAGAAGCCCUUCAGCAAACCCAAGAAGCCCUUCAGCAAACCCAAGAAGAACUAAGAAUAGCCAAGAUAGAGCUUGGCAAGGAAGAAGAGAAGAACUCUCAGCUUGAAUCAAGGCUUUCACAUCUUGAAAAGGAGAAUGCAGACCUUAGAGCAAAACUUAAGGAAUCCCCAAAACCAUAAAUCACUAAUUCUUUGUACAAAAUGGUAUAUCUCACUAAAUUUAUACAAUUUUUUCAA